UUCAUCUCUUGGAUGGAUCACUAAACGUGAUGCUGACUGCUACUACUCAUAAACAACUCUGGUCCGGCACUAUUCUAUCCCAACGUGUGACGCUCACACUGCCAUAAACUCCAGAGUCCAGACACGGAAUAACGAACAAGGGUAGUCUACAGAGCAUAUAUCCAGUAUAAAUUGGCCAAACCAGCCCACCAUCCCAAUCAUCCUCCCAUUCCCAACAGCAGCGGCAGAGCAGAGCCGAGCAGAGCGAUCUUCUUCGUCUUCUUCGUCGUCGAUCUCUCUUCAAUGGCCAAAAUCCAGCCCCUCCCCGCGGCCACCUCGCCGUCUUCCUCCGAUGAUCACCGCCAGGGCCAGCAGACGUACACGGUGUGGAUGAAGUCGCUGGUGUUCAACGGCAACGGCUGCGCGGUGUACGGCCCCGACGGCGCCGUCGCCUUCCGGGUCGACAACUACGGCUGCAGGGGCGGCCGCGAGGUCUUCUUCAUGGACCGCGCCGGCAACGCCCUCGUCAGGAUCAGACGCAAGGGAUUUGGCGCGUUCAGGAGGUGGCAGGUCUGCCGGUGCGACGAGGAAGAGACGACGCCGUGGUUCAGCGUCCGCCGGGCCGAGAAGGGCGGGGCCGCCGUGGCGAUGCACGGCGGAGCGGGGACGUGCUACAGGAUCGACGGUUGCUCUGGCGCGCGCAAGCCCGAGUACAGAGUCCGCGGCGUGGACGGCACGGUCGUGGCGGAGGUGGCGCGGAAGCAGACGGCGGCGGGGGUGGUGCUGGGCCAGGACGUGCUGACGCUCACGGUGGCGCCGGAGAUGGAUCGUCUGCUCGUCCUGGGCUUGGUCGUCGUGCGUGGCCUCAUCAGCCGCUCCUUGUGACGCAUGGUGUUCAACCGCUCCUUCUGGUUCAGUUCUCUAGCUAGGAACGUGCAUGAUGAUAGUACCGGAGUUCUAUUUUCUUCACACGAACAAUUAUGAAGUUUUUGCCCAAGCCUAGGACCUUGUGAUUCUUUUUUUUCCCCUUUCUCGAAGGUUUUUCAGGACCAUAGUUGUAAGUUUGUAACAAGAAGAAGUAAAGUUAUUCGUUGAUCCUA